AUGUUCAAGUUCGUCGUCCUCGCCGCCGUCUUCUUCUGCGCCGUCCAGGCCGCCCCCAAACUGAGGGUUAUGACCAAGCAAAUGCCGGCGCCCCUGUUGACCCUUCCCAGCAACGCCACCAGCAUCAGGGCCGACAUCGAUGAUUCCUUCAGCUGCGAAGGUCGCGAGUACGGAUACUACGCCGAUGUUGAGAACGAGUGCCAGCUUUUCCACGUCUGCCUUCCGGUCACCUACUCCAACGGCAGAAGCCAAACCUUCAGGUGGAGUUUCAUCUGCCCAGAAGAAACCGUCUUCAAUCAGGAAAUCUUCACUUGCACCAGAUCCGAUGAGUCCAUCGAUUGCGCCGAUUCCCCGAGAUAUUACAACUUGAACACCAAUUUCGGAGAUGAUCUCUCUGUCGCCGAAGUUCCGGCCGCCAGCAGCGCCGAAGAGGAGCAGGAGCAAGAACAGCCAGCCAGCGACGCCGAAGAAGAAACCGUCGUUGUACCAGAAGUUGCUCAAGAUCUGGAGGCUCCAGUGAUGGACUCGUUGGAAGAAGCUCAACCCUUGGCUGUUGCUGAGCUCGCCAAAUCGCCCACCCCAUUCAUGUACAACAGGAGGGUGAUGAAGGUUUAA